AGUCAGAGAGGCCAAACCAUGAACAGACUGGCUUUCAUUCUAUUUGUGCUCUUAAUGGUGCUCUCAGCUGGAGAUGCUGAGGACACUGAGGUGCAGUACUGGACAUGUGGCUACAGAGGACUCUGCAGGCGGUUCUGCUUUGCCCAGGAGUACAUUGUUGGUCACCACGGCUGUCCUCGCAGAUACAGAUGCUGUGCUGUUCGGUUUUAGUGAAUGCUGAAAUACUGCAGAACGACUAAGUCGGCUACUGAAGGAAAAUGCAGCUUAGGUAUUAGGGAU